GUAUCAUGUGACUAUCAUCAGCUGAUUGCCUGCAGACAAAACAUGGCCGACCUGUCAGAAAACCAAUGAGGAAAACGCUCUAUUUAGCAUAAUCGAUUUCACUUUCUAACAUUUUUCGUUGCAUAUCCACCAUAACUGUGAAUACCUUAUCUAUUCAAGAUGAGCGGGUUGCCCGACAGCAGUGCGUAUGGCCCGAGUCAGAGCAACCCCAUUGGGAAAGAUGUGCAGAUAUGGGAGAGACCCUGGACACUUGACGAGAUUCGACAAACAGGCGCAAAUUGGUCACUUGCCGCCGAUUCGGGGCUCUUCCUGUUCCUCCAAGAAUUCUCUCAGAGAAUGCUUUCAAAGACUCAUGAAAUAGAGAAACAGCUGGAUGGACUUAUCAGGGAUACCAAGGCUACAGACUGCUGUCUGCACACUGUCUUCAACGAUUUCCUUAUGCUCUCCAAUACACAGUUUAUAGAGAAUAGGGUGUAUGAUGAAGAGGUGGAGGAGUCAGUCCCUAAGCCAGAGGUCCCAGAGAAGCAGCCUGAGCAGGAAAAGACCCGUGAGCAGAAAGAGGCAGAGCUGAUUCCUAAGAUGCAGGAAGCAGUGAACUAUGGGCUUAAGGUUCUGGAUUCAGCCUUCGAGCAGCUUGACAUCAAGGCCGGAAAUUCAGACUCUGAGGACGAGGAGGCUACAGACAGAGUGGAACCUAUACUGGAGCCAAAGGACCUGUAUGUGGACAGGCCCUUGCCCUAUCUGAUAGGCUCUCAGCCCUUCAUGGAGCAAGAGGAUGUUGGACUUGGUGACCUCUCCAGUGAAGAAAUGUCAAUAGACAGUGAUCGAGACAGUGUAAUGGAAAGCGAGGAUGGCAAAGAAGCCGAUCAAUCAGAUGAGGACUUUGAUCAGGAGGAUGGGGAUCAGGGCAGCAUUAAGAAGAAAGCAUCAAUGAUGAGCUUUGAUGAUGAGGAAGAAGAGGAUGAGGAUGGUGAUUCUGACAUAUUUGGAGACUCAGAAAAAGAUGAUAACGAUGACGUAGAAAGAAAGAAGACAGGCUCAUCGUCUUUCGCUGAUGAGCUUGCUGCCCGAAUCAAAGGGGAACCAGCCAGCAAGCCUGAAGAAGAUCCUACAACUUUGUCAUCUGCAUCUAUGAAGAAGAGUAAAGGGAAGACUGAGCCAAAACCAGCCAAAGUACCGGCAGUUGACAAUGACAGUAACCAGCUGUUCGAGCCGCCCAAGAUGGAGGACGAGGACUUUUCUCCGUUUGGAGGGAAAAGUGGCCUUUUCAGUGGGGGGAAGGGGCUGUUUGAUGAUGAUGAUGAUGAAGAGGGUGAUCUGUUCUCUGAUGCACCAAAACAUCUUGUAGCUGAAGAGAAGACAAAGAGCACUGGCCAGACCUCAGAACCUCCCACGCCUUUGAAGAAUAAAGUGCCAUUGAGUGUUGUUGCAAUAUUCCCAGACAAGACCCUGUUUGGCUUGCGUAAUGAUGCUGAUUCGGUAAGGAGCAAAGAGAAUGGCAGUCCAGUGAAAUCCAAGACACAGACAGCCCCCAAACAGGCCUCCACUGGGGUUGUGGGAGGGCUGUUUGACGAUGAUGAGGAUGACAACUUCUUCAAUAGUAAAAGCCUGAAAAAGUCCAGCUCUGCUGGACAGGUGAAAGCCAAAGUAAAGAAGACUGUGGAUCUCUUUGGGGGAGAUGAUGAAGAGGGGGAUAUCUUUAGUGAGAGCUCCAGAGCCCCCCCACCCCUGCACAGCAAUAAGGAGGUGGUUGAUGAGAAAGGGAAACAAACAGCUCCAGAGAAGAAGAUGCCAGCAGGGGCCAUCUCCAUGUUUGGCCCUGGCACAAAGAGUCUGCUCACUGAGGGUCUGAGGAAACGUUGUCCUUCCACCAGUGAGGAGUCUGAGAAAUCUGAAGAGAACGGUCCUUCUUCAGAUAUUAAGAUAGCCCCUGCCAAACCAACUGAGAAACCCCAGACCUUGGGUCUCUUCUCUGAUGACGAAGACGCACAGGUAUUUCCCACAAUCCCCACCAUCCCUAAGUGUCAGUCCAAGCUUGAAACUACAUCCAAGAUCAAAGAAAACAAUUCCCCUCUGUCCCUAUUCAACGAUGAGGAGGAGGAGGAGGAAGAGGAUCUGUUUGCAUCUGCUGAAAAGUCUAAAUCAAAGCAGGCCAAAGCCACCACAUCCCAAGGCAAGAAGCCCCUUUCCAGCUCCCUCUUCAGUGACGACGAGGACCAGUGGAUGAGAGACAAAACCAUUGUGGGUGCACCUGAGGCUAAACUUGGAGGGAUGAAGCCUAGUGUUAGCGCCCCAUCCAGUCUCCCUGGUGUCAAAGGAUCCCAGAAAAGCAGCCUCUUUGACGAUGACAAAGAUGACCUUUUUGGUGCUGUUAAGGAGACAAGUCAAAAGAAGCCACAGAGAGUAUCUCUCCUAUUUCAAGACGAGGAUGAGGAUGUUGACGAUAAAGGAUCUCUAUUUGGUUCCAAACCAGCUGUCAACAACAACACUCCAUCACCUGUUGAUAAACCGCAGGCCUCUGUUGUGGCUUCCGAGGUCCCCUCCCUCUUAGACUCAGAGAAAGUGACAACUCCCCAGGAGGGGAGGUUUCCAGGGGAGAAGAGGGUAGCAACAGAGAAGAAACCUGACGUGCGGUCCUCCUUGUUACCACCAGAGGCUAGUGAGGCUAAGAAGAAGCCCAUAGGGGCUGUGAGUCUGUUUGGGGGGAUUGAUGUACUUGCCAAAAAAACGAACAAGAGCCCAUUGGACGAGCUUGAUGGUGAGGAUGACUUUCUGUCUAAGGACAGCCAUGUGGAAAAGGAGAAGGGAGAAAAGGAGGAGCAGGACAUUAAAGCCAAAAACAAAACACUAAGUCUGUUUGAUGAGGAAGAUGAUGAUUGGACUGCCCCUAUAUCCAUACCCAGUUCAAAACCAGAUUCCCAAAACAUACUAAAGGCUCCAGAAGAGCGACCUCACACCAAGAGCACAGGGGUGUUCCAGGAUGAAGAGCUGCUGUUCAGUCAGACUCAACAGAAAGACAAUGACCCUGAUGUUGACCUGUUUGCGACACCGUCCAAAACUCUGAGUGCCAAACCCAGCUCUUCAAAGUCAUCAGCACCCACACUGUUUGUGGAUGAUGAUGACGAUGACCUCUUCAGCUCCAAAGCACCACCUCCGAAGGUUUCAGAUAAGCCUAGGAAACCCACACAAGAAGAGUCAACUUCCAAACCUGUUGCCACAGUAACAGUGCCAAAGUCUGAGAAGCCUGCUACAAGCCCUGUAAAGGCUAAAGAACCUUCAUCACAAAUUGGAAAAAUUCAAACCAACCUGCUCAUCAAUCCUGCAACACUCCUCCCUGGUGCUGUUCCCCAUAUUCCUGGGGGGGUCAGUGCACUCCCCAGAUUGGUGCCUGCUGCUUCUUUGGGGGGACUCAGCCACAGCCCUAGUCCCAGCCUGAUAACCAGAUCUAGCCAUAGCCCUGUCCUCACUCCGGGGGGGGGGGCCCAGGCAGCCACUGGUGAAGGGGUGAGCUUUGACAGCCCUGCCCAGGUCACCACAUUGCAGAGUGCAAACAAGGGACGUACCAAAGGCUCCGUCCGCCGUCGACCCCAGUCCAGAGCAGCGAGGCAGCAGUCAGCUCAGAACUCCAUAGAUCAAGAAGUAGAGAACCAGGAAAGCUCUGGGCCAAACCCUGUCCAUCCCAGGCCAGCUCUACCCAACUCAUCCCGGCUGACGCCAGACCAGUCUAGUCCAACACUACCUAGUCCAACUAACACAGAGCCGACCACUGCCCUGCCCUUCCAACCCCCACUCAUAGAUGUUAGCACUAGACCCUCGGUCCUCACAUUGCCUGUGUCUACUAACUCUCAGAAGACAGAAUCUGCCAAGAGCAUAAGCAAGCCUGAAGUGCUGCCCUCUCCAGAUGAGAAUGACCUUUUUGGCUCUGAUGGCCUGUUUGGGUCCAUACCAGCCCCUAAGUUAACAACCCCCUCCAUCAAAUCUGAAACAACAACUACAGAGGAUCUGGCCGGCAGCAGUGUGGCUGUAAGGAAGGGGAAAGGGAAGGAUACAGCUCCCUCCAUCUUUGAUGAUCACAGUGACAACCUAUUUCAGAAGGUCAAGCCAAGGUCAGCUCAGAAAGCCACAGCUUCGUCGUUCCUUGUGAAAGAUGAUGAUGAAGAGGAUAUCUUUGGGUUUGGGAAGGGGUCCACCCCCACAGCUGCCCUUAACUCGAGCGCAAACUUGACCAAGAAGGACAUUUUCCAGGAUCAAGUGGAGCCUUUACCCCAAACUAAUAAGAAACACACUGACAUAUCUUUGAAUGCCAGCUUGUUUGAUGACAAUAUAGACAUUUUUGCUGACUUGACCUUAACUUCGAAACCAAAAGAGAAGCCAUCCAAAAAGAAAGUGGAAACAAAAUCGAUAUUUGGCGAUGACAUGGAUGACAUCUUCUCAUCGUGUGCCGCAAAACCAGUGGCAAAGACUUCAGUUAAAUCUAAGAAAACCCCUCCCGCACUAGACACCAGUGCAGCAGAGGAUUCAACAGGCAACAUAUUUGACGAUCCACUCAACGCCCUUGGUGGAACCUGAACUGUUUCAGUUUAACUUGUACAAUUGUGUGGUAGAUAUGAUGUUAAAAUUUAUGAGGAAGGGUAGGUAAUUCUAGGAUACCACUGCUUAUAGAUUAUAAAAAAUCUGGUUCAUACCCUUGGUAGUUCAAAGAAUAUAUUUUGAUAAAUUUCCAAUGGCAUUUACAAAAGUAUUUCUUAACAGAUCAAGUAACACUGAUGACAUGCCGUUUGUCUUAAUUUUUACUUGGUAGGUCUUCAUAAGCAUCUCCAUAAGGUCUGCAGAAUUUAAAAUCCAUCUAAAGGAUUUAAUUGUUGGAGCCCACAUUUUAGCUUUGCAGUCUCAAUAUUGUGUAUUCCGUGCCAUAUCUCAAUUGAGAUCAAUGUGUUUACUCGCUGUCCUAGUAAACUUGCAGCUGUUUUUGUUAUUAAUAAUAAAUUGUUCAAUUUCUUAACUUUG